AGUGACUUUGGUCCACGUGUAUUUGCAGGUGUAAUUAGGUGAGACAUGAGGACAUCCACGCUGCUGACCACCGCUCUGCUGGGUCUGCUCCUCUGGGCCUCCUGCACCCGGGCCGAAGAGGAGACACCCAAGGAGGCACCCAAGGAGACAACUGAGGAGACGAGCAAAGAGCUAGGAGACGAUGAAGUAGAGGAGGAAAAACCCAAGAAAAAUAAAACCACAGAGAUAGAAGAGGAGAGUGAUGUCAUGGUGCUGCAUAUUAACAACUUUGAGAGAGCGCUGAGUGAAAACAAGUAUCUGCUGGUUGAAUUCUAUGCUCCAUGGUGUGGACACUGCCAACGCCUGGCCCCUGUGUAUGAAGAGGUGGCUGGGAGACUGAAACAGGAGGAGAAGGACAUGCGUUUGGCCAAAGUAAACGCCAUUGAGGAGAAGGAGCUGACAGAGGAGUUUGAAGUCGGAGGGUACCCCACCAUCAAGCUGUUCGUCAAUGGAGACCGCACAAAGCCUAAAGACUACACAGGAGGGCGGUCUGCUGAGGCAAUGGUCACAUGGAUGAAGCGUCAGGCAUCUCCUGGAACCCCCACCCUGGACUCCCCCUCCUCUGCAGCACAGUUCAUCCAAGCCCAUAACAUCUCUGUAGUGGGAUUCUUUAAGGACAUGGAGAGUGAACCUGCCAAAGUCCUGGAUGAGCUUUACUUCAGCACAGAUGUGGAGUUUGCCAAGACGUCCAGCCCUGAGGUGUUCAACAAGUAUGAAGUCACUGCAGACUCUGUGGUGCUCUUUAAGAAGUUUGACGAGGGCAGAGUGGACUUUCCUUUGACCGAGGAGGGCAAACUGGACAAACAGAACCUGACCAGCUUCAUUCAAGAGAACAGCUUGGAGCUCAUCAUCCACUUCACUCCAGAGAAAUCCCAGGCCAUCUUUGGUUCUAGCAUCAAACUCCACACCUUGAUGUUUAUAAACUCUACCAUAGACGCUCACGUGGCUCUGGUGGAAGAGACCCGCAGUGUGGCCAAGGACUUCAAGGGCAAGAUUCUCUAUGUUGUGUUGGACGUGAAUGACGAAUCACAAGCUAAAAUUCUGGAGUACUUUGGUGUGACGAUCCGUGACAUCCCCACUGUCCGGAUGUUUGACAUGAUCAGCAGGAAAAAGUACAACCUGUCCCCCAGUCCCUUCAGCGCAGACGCAGUGAGACAGCUGUGCCAGGGCGUGCUGGACGGGACCGCACAGCCGUUCUACAUGUCAGAGGAGAUCCCUGAGGACUGGGACAAAGGCCAUGUCAAAGUGUUAGUGGGAAAGAACUUCAAGUCCGUAGCCCUGGACCCCACCAAAAAUGUGUUUGUUGAGUUCUAUGCCCCAUGGUGUCAUUUCUGCAAAGAGCUGGCCCCCAUCUGGGAUCAGCUGGGAGAGAAAUACGCCAAUCACACGAACAUCAUCAUAGCCAAGAUGGACGCCACAGCCAAUGAGGCAGAGGGUGUGGACAUCGGAGGCUUCCCCACUCUUGUGUACUACCCAGCAGAAGGCAAAGAGGAGGUACAAUACCACGGAGAUAAGACUUUGGAGAAGAUGUCUGAGUUCCUUGACAAUGGAGGAGUCAUGCCUGAGGAGCCAGAGGAAUCAGAUGAAGACGAGGAUGACGAUGAAGAAGUUAGUGAUGAGAAAGCAGCAGAGGAGACCAAGGAGGCAGACUCACCAGUCAAUGAAACCGCCAAAGACGAACUGUGAUUUGUGUCUUUAUAAUUUCACCCACUUAUUUAAAGCUGACCUAUUAUGCUAAAUCAACUUCUCAGAGCUUUUAACCAUAUUACAGUACUUCCCCUUAUCACAUACCUUCUCAAAGUUAUAUUUGGAGGGAUUCGUGCAUGUUUUAGCAAUCUUCAAUUCCUUAUUUUCAAGAUGCCAUUUUACUGAUCAGCCCCCAUUAUCACCACCGCUUGCAUACCUCCACUGCUCUGUACUUACUUUGUCCUCAAAUUUUAUUGUCUUAAUCAGUAAUACGUAUAGGAUUUCUCUUGUCAUUUUGGUACAAAUGAAAAAGCUAUUUGCUGGCGUGAUGUACUGUUAUCCAUCGGUCAGCUCCCAUUGGGCACUGCAGUUUUCUAAAGUGGAAGUCAGCAGACUUGUUUCUUUUAUUAAGUCAUUUUAGUUUAGAUUUAAAUGUGCAAAUUAUAACACAAUGAUCCACGGGUGUCAUAGAUUAUAACUAUAUAGCAGACAUAAGCACAAUAGGUCUUCUUUAAAUAAUUUCUAUACAAUACAAUGAAUUUUAGUAGGAAAGAAAAAUUUACUAUCAAAUUAUAUUGUUUGUAUUUAAUUUAAAAAGAGAAAAUGGACUGUUGCCCUGAACUCUGGUAUUAUACACAGAUACCAACUGUACUGUACUGAAGGUGCAGAAUAAUAAGAAAAACAUGCCUUGCUCCAUUUUUUGGCAUGGAGCUUAUUUGACAUAUGUAAGUUAUUUGUUAGUGUAAGUAAUUUACUUUUAUGAAACUGUAAAUGGUCUCAUCACAAUGUUGUUUAUUUGUUGUGAAUAAAAAUAUGGUUUCAUAAAAAUUAUGAUUAAAACC